UAUAUAUAUAUAUAUAAAUAAUUCACAGCUUCUCAUCUUCAUCUCCACGUUUGGAUGGAGCAGUAGUACUAAAGCUACCAAUACAAGAUUAGUAGUAUUGUUAUAGAAGAAUCGCCAUGAAAAGAGCAAGGAAAUCAUCAGCUCUCGGCACUGAGAACUCUAACCCUACCCAACUGAUUCAAAGUUUCUCCAUAAGCGACCUUCCAAGCCGCAUCCUUGUAGGAAUUUUUCUAACUCUGCCUACCAAAAGCAUUGUUUUCUGCAAAUCCGUAUGCAAGAAAUGGAACACACUGAUUUCCAAUCCUCACUUCUCUAAGUUGCACUUUGCCCAAGCAAAGCCCCAAUUUUUGCUCCGAACUCGUGACUCGACCCGAAGCUCCAGAACUCUGUUCUUGGUUGAUAUCGAAGAAAAUGGGACUGGUUUUAAUCGAGAGAACGAAUCUCAUACCCCUAAUAAACCUUCCAUUAUACUAAAUACCAAAUUGAAAAUCCCACUACGCAAUGCCGAAGUUCUGCUUAAUAAUAAUAAUAAUGACGAGGGUCCCAACAAUAAGGGGAAUCGUCGCCUUAAAUUGAAGCCGAAAGAUCACAAUUACAACAUCGUGAACUCGUGCAAAGGCUUGCUUUGCUUGUCUGAACACUCGCGCAACGACCCGGUUGCGGUGGCCAAUCCCGUCACCGGCGAGUUUGUAAAGCUUCCUCGGACUUGUAAUGAUUUAGAUUGCAAGACUUUCGUUGAUUGUGGAUUAGGGUUCAGUCCAAAGAGUAAAAAAUUCAAAGUGGUUAGAAUUUUCUCUGGAUAUACAGCAGUGACUGAACGUGUUGUGAGGCAGAGUUAUGGUAAAACAGUCGCAGAGGUACACACUCUUGGGACAGAUUCAUGGCGUAGUGUCACUGGUGCUGUUCCAUAUUCGUUUAAGAAGCUAGCAUUUCCUACCUACAUCAAUGGAGCUCUCUAUGCUUUUUGUAUCAACAAUAAGGAGUCAGAUUGUAUCGUUUCCUUCUUGUUCGACAAUGAGCAAUUCGAGCCGGUUCCUCUGCCGCCUCAGUGGAAGUGGAGGCCUAAACGGAGGAAUGUGAGCAUGGGAGUUUUGGGUGUUGAUCAGCUUUGCGUGUGUGAUACUUCUGAUGUUGAAACCACUAAGAUUUGGGUGAUGAAAGAUGAUGGUGUGAGCAAAUCUUGGACUCAGUUCUUUACUAUUUAUACUGAUUGGCCUUGUGGCUUGUGUCAACCUCUAAAUCACUUUAAGAAUGGAGCUCUUUUAAUGUUCAGUAACUGUUUGCAAGAGCUAAUUUACUCUGACCAAAAACACUUUAGAGACAAAUAUCUUGGGAUUCAUGGCCUUAAAUCGAGAUAUGAGGCCAUAGUUCACACUCCGAGCUUUGUUUCCCUCAAGGACAUUGUGGUUGGGCCUAGGGGAACUGUUGACAUACUUAAUAUCAAUUCAAGAUGUGGGAAAUUAAAACUGCAAGGGGAGACUAAAACUCAUUACUUGGUGGAACAACAUAAAGAGAUGGGACCUCUUAAUUGCUCUUCUAACGAAGUUGAAGUAAAGUAUUGGACCAAGCACUUUUGGUCGAAGUAGUGAUGAGGUAUUUCGACUAUGAAAUUUUAAGCUUCAUUUUAUGUGGAAGAUGUUGGAAGUUUAGAUAUAAAUAUAGAUGCAUAUAUAAUAUGUAUAAUUACAUUGAUAGAAUUAGAAGUUGAUGUUUGAAGUUAAUAUAUUAUGGCCCUUAACUUCUGUUGUAUUUUGGAUAAUACCAUCCAUGCCUACUUGGAUUCAACUCUUACCGUUUUGUUUUCUACAAACUGACAUUUUGGGAUAUUGUUGGUAUUUUCCAAUGCAAGUUUACUAAUACAAUAGCUUACAUUAAUCUUCUCUAGAGCUCUUAUCUUUUGAUCAGUUGAAGCUCCAGUAUUUUCUGUUAUACCUUAGAAUGAGAAAGAGCUGAAAAGUUUAUAAAGAGAACAAAUUGGUAGGAAUAUUCUUGUUCGAUACAAAUUUACUUGCUGAAAAUGUCUUCAAAGUUGAUCCGAGUUGAGGCUGCGAUUGGGAAUUUUGAGGCCAUGGCCUCAAACUUGACCAUGGCCGCCAUGGCCUCAUUCUCGACCAUGGCCCCAUGUCCUGAAGCUUUAUAGCUAAACCCGAUUGUUGGAGCUGCAAAGCCAUUUGUUGGGCCGCAGCUCCAGCACAUUAGUAAGUUGGGUUUUUGUUUAUCAUCAUAGGCAAAUGAUAUUUGAUGGCUCUUGUGUAAGCUUCAAGGAAAUGGAUGAUUAGUUUAUUGUUAUUGUAGGCUAUUGACUUUGUAAAUUACGUGUGAGAAUAAGGAUUAGAGUAAGUGAGAAGGUUUGAUUGUUGAUAAUGGAUGAAAGAGUGUCAUCUUGUGUUGUGAA